GCGCGGGGAGAUGGGGCAGGUGGGCUGCAGAGAGCAGUGCCUGUCCGUGUUCGACUACAAGACCGAGAAAUAUGUCAUCGCCAAGAACAAGAAAGUGGGCAUCCUCUACCGGCUGCUGCAGCUGUCCAUCCUCGUCUACCUGGUGGGGUGGGUGUUCGUGGUGAAGAAGGGCUACCAGGAAGUGGACACCUCCCUACAGAGCUCAGUCAUCACCAAGGUGAAGGGCGUGGCCUGGACCAACACCUCGGAGCUGGGGGAGCGCCUCUGGGACGUCGUCGAUUAUGUCAUCCCCCCCCAGGGUGAGAAUGUCUUCUUUGUGAUAACUAACCUGAUCGUGACCCCCAAUCAGCGGCAGUCCACUUGCGCAGAGAGAGUGGACAUCCCUGAUGCUGUCUGCCAGGAGAACAGUGACUGUGCCCCAGGCAAAGCGGUGGUUGCUGGGAACGGGGUGAAGACCGGCCGCUGCCUGAAACUUGACGAGAACAGCAAGGGCACAUGUGAGAUCAUCGCCUGGUGUCCAGUGGAGAAGAAAUCCAGACCGAAGGAGCCACUUUUGGGAAAGGCUGCCAACUUCACUGUUUACAUAAAGAACUCAAUCAAAUUCCCCAAAUUUAACUUCUCCAAGACCAACGUGCUGAACACAAAAAGUGGUUCGUACCUGAAAUCAUGUCAUUUUGGGCCAGAGAAUCCAUACUGCCCGAUAUUCCGGUUGGGGUCAAUGGUCAGUUGGUCCGGUAACAAUUUCCAGCAAAUGGCCCUGGAGGGCGGUGUGAUAGGCGUUCAGAUUGAGUGGGACUGUGACCUGGAUAAAGCAUCCUCAGAGUGCAACCCUCGCUAUUCGUUUAGCCGCCUGGACAACAGGUUUGCAGAGAAGUCCAUCUCCUCUGGAUACAACUUCAGGUUUGCCAAAUACUACCGGGACGACAGAGGGGUGGAGUUCCGCACCCUGAUUAAGGCCUAUGGGAUCCGCUUUGACGUAAUGGUGAACGGCAAGGCAGGAAAGUUUAACAUCAUCCCCACAGUGAUCAACUUGGCCUCAGGAGUGGCUCUCACAGGGGCGGGGGCAUUUUUCUGUGAUCUGGUACUGAUCUACCUAAUCAAAAAGAGCCAUUUUUACCGGGGGAAGAAGUACGAGACCUUGAAAGGGAGAGAAGCCAGUGUCGAGCCGGAGAACGAGUCGUCCUCCGUGACCGGCAGCCAGCCUCCAUCUGUACUCAGAAGCGAUGGGGAGACCAAGGACCUAGCUGCCCUGGAGACUGAGAUGGAUCGUGAGGUGGGGGUUCCCAGAGGCUUGGGGACAGAGGGUCCACCCAAGUUGGUACCGUUGCCCAGGAAACGGAACAAGUCUGCGGAUCGGACCGAGGAGCAAGAGUCACAGCUGGAGCCACAGGACCAAAGGGAGCGUGAGAGAAUGUAUUGGAAAGCGAGCAGCAUGCCGAGCAUGGUCCAUGACAGCAGCGUGGGCAGGAAGGGGGAGAGCUGUGCCACGGGGUCCAACUCAAAGAAACCCUUGACAGACCAUUCGGCAAAUGAACAUAAUUCCAACGCCCUAGGCACGGGUGAGCAACUGAGACAGCUGCAGACUGUGGAGACCUAACCCAAGGCAAGAGGAAGGGAAGAAAGCCUGCUGCAUCUAAGGGGUAAAGCUAAACACAGGACUUGGAGGCAGAGCCUCCCAGUAUUGGGGUGGUUGCCCCAUUUGGCCAAGGCAAACGGGACCUUUUCAAGCUCUUUGAGGAGCACUUUCAGCUAACAUCCUCUCACACCUUGGUCUGAGACCUUCCCUACGGUCCUGAGAGGUAAAUGUUUCGUUUUGGGGUGUUUUUUUUUUAAACUGCAAGUUGUUCAUCAAACCAAGGAAAGCUGGCAAGUGGAUUUGAGAAGCCAUCUUGCAGGCUUCCUGGCAGCACGGGACUAGUUGGAGAGAUGUGAGGAACAUUGUAAGAUCCUGGAGUAUUCCAAAGUGGGGAGGGCUAGGGUGGGGAGGAAAUUAGGUUGCUGUUGG